AUGGCAACCCCAUCCUACGAUCCCAGAACCGACGCCAUCGACGCCUGGUCCGCAGAAGCAAAUCCACUCCGACGCAGCCCAUCCCAUCCCGAAGGUCCUCGAUGCUACGAUGCGAACAUCAUCCAAAUCCCCGACCCACCCAUUUUCAACCCCAUUCCCUACUCCAAAUAUCCCGAUCCCCAUAUCGGAAUUUGCUAUGCGGAAUGGGAGGAGGAGAUGAAGGAAAAAUUGAAGGCGUAUAGCGAUGCGCGAUUUUCGAUUCGCAUGGCGUAUGUUUUGUCAAGGUUGGGGGAAAAACCGAGAGCGUAUUUGGAGGUGAGGAUGAGGGUUCAUGAGAAGUUUGAGUUUAGGAAUACGGACGAGAUGUUUGAGGUGUUGGGGAAAGUUUAUGGGGUUUUGGAGAAGAGGGCGAAUGAGAAUGUGGGUUUCGAUACUGAUGAUGUGGUUGCGGAGCGGAGGAAGAGGUCUUAG